UAUCCAUCCAUCCAUCCAUCUAUCUAUCCCUCUAUCCCUCCAUCUAUCAUCAGGCAGAUAUCGUCCCAGAUCUUCACUUCCCACCUUCGAGCCUUCCACCUGAUCUACUCUUGCCUCGCCCUCUCUCUUGGCAUCAUCACCUUGAUCCUUCCUCGACGACUCGAUUAUCGCUCUCUAUCGCCCUGUUAUCUAUCUAUCGUCGGCAAUGGCUCAGCUUGCGGGAAUCGUGUGGACUCUGCUGGUCGCCCUGUCCCUGGUGGCCAGUCAGCCCUCUGCAAACAAGACCCCUACGGUUUCCUACAGCACAUUCAGCCUGGUGAGUGAUGGAGCCGCCAACGACCAGCCGAGUGUCCGUGCCCUCAGCAGUCCGCCACCGCGUCCAGCUGGUGCAGCUGGCAUCCACCGCAUCAUCGUCAAGCUCAAGCACCCACACACCGAGGGCCUUGCCCGCGCAGAGACCAUCUCGAGGGCACUGCAGGUGUCCCUGUCAGCCGAGACCACCGUGCACACGGCUGAGACGACGGUCCACCACCUCAACAGCUUGUCCAUGGACGUGGUGGAUCUGCCGCUAGGUGUCGAUGCAGCGGCCACAUGCGAGGCUGCCCUCCUGGCGUCGGAUGAGAUCGACAUCUGCGAGCCGGAUGCCGUUGUUGCGACGGCCUCUGGCCGCAGGCUGCGUGCCCGGGCAGCACAGGAGCCCAACCGCUUCGUGCCCGACGACCCAAUCUUCAAGGAGCAGUGGGGGAUGGCCAGCAUCGAUAUGCCCGAGGCGUGGGCCUUCCUGUCUGAGCAGCAGCAGGAGACGGACAGUGGGGCCGACUCAGUGGGCAAAGGUACGGUGGUCGGGGUGAUUGACACCGGUGUCGACUACACCCAUCCAGACCUCAAGGACGCCAUGUGGGUCAAUCAAGGCGAGAUCGCUGGCAACGGCAUCGAUGACGACGGUAGGCAGGGAGGGAGGGGGGGAGGGAGGGAGGGAGGAAGGGACAUCCACACACACGAUCUGCAUGCAUUCCUGGGUCUGUAUGUGUCCACUGCAGUGGAACGAUAG